AUGCCAAAUCAGCUGCUUUGGACACUUACCAUGCACCUGAUCGUAUAUGUAUCACAUAUAACUAAUACCUGUGGUGAAACACAGGAGGUGAAGAUAGGAUUGCUCCUCUCCAAGUUCUGCUGCAACUACAAGUCAUUGAGCAAUCAGGCUUCAGCCAUCAGCAUCGCUUUUGAAAAGCUCAGAGCCGACGGAGUGUUGCCAAAGAACACCACUCUGAAACCCAUUUGGCGCGAUACACUGACGGAGUCAGAAGGAGUCGGGAAUGUGGUGAAGUUUGUCCAAAAUGACGGUGUUGAUAUAAUCUUCGGGUCACCAUCAUCGAUGAUUACUGUACCCGUCGCGUUUCUGACGUCAUACUGGAACUUCCCACACAUCACGUGGAGCGCCAAUAGCUACGACCUGACAGACAAAACCAAGUUCACCACUCUUGUUCGAACCGUUGGACCGCUUAGUGAAUCUGGACGGCUUCUUGUUACAUUGUUCAAGAAGUUUGGCUGGAAACAGAUUGCUUUGUUGUACAUCGACUCAGGAAUGUGUGAAUACAGCGCUAAUGGUUUAAAGAAAGAGUUCGGAGUCAACAAUUUGGUCAUCAUGCAGAGUGUUGUUUAUCCUAGGAACGCUGAGCUUACUGACGCCAUCAUUGAUGAAUAUCUCUCCCUCGUUAAGCAGACCAGUAGAAUUAUAUUUCUGUGCACUGAAGAUCACACUCGACGAUUUGUAGUCCGAGCAUGCGAAUUGGGAAUGUGCAACGGGGACUUUGUAUUUAUUUACACGAUGAUCUACGUGACAGCGCAGUUUCCAUGGAAACUUGGACUUCCUGAUGACGCCAUUGCUAAAGCUGGUUACAAGAAUAUGGUGUAUAUAUCUCGAGGACAAUGGGUGGACAAUGAGGCCAAGAGACGCAUGGACGAGUUUCUUAUAGACGUUGUCGACCGCAUGGCUGAGCCGCCCUGGAAUGACUCCUACGCAAAGAAUAAUAACUUCAGUGCUGAUAUAGGCGUGUCGGACCUUCACGACGCCAUGUAUUUGUACGGCCUUUGGCUGAACCACACCACUGAUAAUGAACUUGACCACAAGGAUGGAGCAGCCUUCCUGAAUUUCAGCAGGGGCAUGCACUUUGAAGGUAUAUCAGGCCCAUGUGACAUAGGUAUAAAUGGUGACAGGGUGCCGUAUUUUUGGGUCCAUCAAUAUGUAGGAUCGAAGGUCGAGGCUCGGAUGGUAGCCAUUUCAGAAAACAUGAAUACGGUCAUCAAUGAUAUAGAUGGCGGGUUCAUUUGGGACACUGCAGACGGCAUGGCCCCAAGAGAUGUUCCAAAGUGUGGAUUCUAUAACGAGCUUUGUCUCGUCUACCAGGCCACAAGUUCAACAACACUGGAAGCGGAAAUUGGAAAAGAAUAUGAUACAACGUGUGUGGCGCGUACAGAUCGGGGAAAUCGAGAUGCCAAGGUCCAAGGUCGGCAUUGGGUCAAAGUUAAACCUGUCGAGGGGGACGGUGUCAAAUAG